AUGGGACAUCAUCGAGAUCGAGUCUCGACGCUGUGCUUCCCUUCCUCCUCGGCCACCUGUUCUACAAUCGGGGUGGUUCUGCUGGUCCUCUACUUCGUAGCUCUCGGGCCUUCGUUAAAGUCACCAAUCUCGUCUCCGUCUUUUGAUGCCAAGGAGCUGCACAAAGCGACGGAGGUGUCGGAUUCAGCCGUUCGUGGAGACGAGGUGGGAGCAAGAUUGAGCGGCCUGGACCCGGAGGAGCCAUGGCAACAGAAUCAGCAGGAACAGCAGAGCCAGCAGUAUCAGCAGGGUGAGCAGGAUGAGAAGAAUCGGCAGGAUCAGAAGGAGCAGGAUGCACAGAAUCGGCAAGAUGAGAAGGAUCAACAGAAUGAGCGGGGUCAAACGGCAACACCGCGCUUGGAAACUCAAGAGGAACGGCAGAAGCGUGAACAAGAGCUUCUUCAGAAUCUGGGAGGGAAAGACGAUUCCGUAAACUUGAAGGGCAGCAUCAAAGGCACGCCAAGCAAGAGGACGAAGAUCAGUGGGUCGAGAAACGACGGCGACGCAAGGAAUCCCCGCGCGAGUAGCAGUCGCAAAGGCGGGGGUCUAAACUCGGAAGCGUGCGAGGGUCGGAAGGUGUACCUGUACAAUUUACCCUCGAAAUUGAACAGCGUGCUGCUAGAAGACUGCCUGGACACCAACAUCAAGGGAUUCUGCGCCACCAGCAGGCACGGAGGGCUGGGAACCAGACUGCCUCCCUGGGACGACUCGUUUGAGGGGAAGGAGCGGAGCAGCCGCUCGGCGGAUUUCCUGUUCAUCCCGGCGUACCUAGGCUGGUCGAUCUGGUCGCUCGUGGAACACGGGCUUUUUGAGAAGCGAGACGACCCGGUGAUUGAGCUGGAGAGGUAUUUACUCGAGGAAAAUGCGGAUUUCAAGAGGCUGGUGAACCGUGGCGAUCACGUGCUCGUUCUCGGCCGUCCGAUCUGGGACUUUAAACGCGAUUUGGAUAAGCCUGAGGGAUGGGGGACUGAUCUGUGGUGGCGUCGAACCUUCAAGAAUGUCACACUCCUUACAGUGGAGGCUCCUCCCGAGUGGUACGAGCGGGAGGUGUUUUCUGUACCUUACCCAACCUGUUUCCAUCCGGUAGGCUCGGCAGAGCUCCAGGGGUGGGUUCGGCAUGUUCGGGAGCAGCCUCGGCCGUACCUGUACUCGUUUGUAGGCGGGAAGCGGGCGCAUGCGACCUGGGAGGGCUCGCUAAGAGGGGUCUUGCUAAACGAUUGUGAGAACGAUCCUAAGAGGUGCAUCUUUUUAGAGUGUACUGUUGCUGAUGCGGAGGCUGCGACUGCAGCAGCGGCGGAGAUAGGUCGGCAGGCGCAGAAACGGAAGGAAGAGGGGGACAGCAGGGAGGGGAAGGCGGAGGAGAACGAAAUUGAGCCGGAUUUUCCGCUGAGGGGAUGCAUGGACCCCAGGAGAGUGGCUGGUGUGAUGCUCCAGUCUGAAUUCUGCCUGCAACCUAUCGGGGAUAGCCUCACCAGAAGGUCAUUCUUUGACUCGAUAAUAGCAGGGUGCCUUCCUGUAGUGUUUGCUCCAGGCACGUUUGAUUAUCAGUACCCCUGGUUCUUUUCUACCGAACCUGAGGCUCGGCGGAACGUGUCUGUUAUGGUGCCUUCGGAUGAUGUGAUUGGUGGGAAGGUUCGGAUUGGAGAGGUGCUGGGGGGGAUAUCGGAGGAGAGGAAGAGGGAGAUGAGGGAAGAGCUUUAUAAGCAUAUUCCGAGGCUGCUUCUAAGGGAUCAUACGAGAGAGGGGGAGGUGGGAGAGGAGGGUAUGUUUGUAGAUGUGGUGGAUAGGACGAUCGAAGGGCUGAUAGAGAGGAAGAAGAUGAGGAGAGCUGGCGUCGCCAAGAGCUAUUUCCCUUUGUAG